AUGGAGAGAAACCGUGCUGCCUUUUCCCAGACACCAGACCCCACGCACCACUUCCACGUAGCCCUGCUGGAUCAGAGACGGAGACUGCGCGGCCAAAUUGCUCACCUUCACAAAGCGGCUCGUAAGCUCAACAAGCUCCGCAAAAGGUCCCUGAUUGCCAACGUCAGUGGGAGCACCCUGACCGCUGCGGGAGCAGUCCCAGCCAUCGUGGGGCUUUUUGGGGUUUCCCUCCUGGCAUCGGCUGUGGGUCUGGGCAUGGCCACCGCCGGCGGGGCCGUCAGCAUCACCUCCGAUCUCUCCUUAGUGCUCUGCAAUUCCCGGGAGGUGAAGAAGGUGCAGGAAAUCGCAAUGACUUGUCGGAAACAGAUGAGGGAAAUCCUCAGCUGCCUGGAGUUCCUCCGCCGGGGGCAAGGCCCGGGGGACCCCACACUGCGCCAGUCAGAGAAGAGAGCCUCCAUCUCACUGUACAACUCUGUCUGCUUCAUGGUCUUCUGCGGCUCCCACAGCUUCCUUGUGCCAGAAUACACAAAGGAGGCCACAAAAGUGAGCCAGGCUGUGCUCAAGGCCAAAAUCCAGAAGCUGGCUGCCAACCUCGAAACCUGCACUAGGGCGAUGGAUGAAGUCUGUGAACUUCUUGAGUCCAGGACAGAGCUUUCCCCAUGCACGAGAAGACUCAACUUGAGUGCUAAAGGCAUGGCUGACGUCCUGAGACCAUCCAGCUGA